AUGAUCGAUAGCCAUAGCGUUCUGAUGGACUCGAUCCCGCGCUUGCGCUGGAGCCCCACGAACAACCGCUUUCACUACAAUGUGCCCGUAGCAGUUGAGCCGGGGGACAAUGGCUUCGUGUUGCUGCAUGAGUUUGAGCACUCGGACUCGCUCUGCUCACUGAAACUGUCGGGCAAAGAUCGCCACGAAUUGGAGGAAAUGGAGCGCAUUAAUCAUCUUAUUCACGACGUGGAGAACGCGGUGCAUCUGCAUCAAGCGGUGAAGAUGCUGGAGCACAAGCGCACGCACCACGAAGAGUUCCAUGAACACGCAGGGAACGACAACGACAUGCGGAUGGAGAUGCUCAAGAAGAAGGAUAGCCUUUGGCAGCACCAGCCGCACAAGCGCUCGUUCGAGGGACGACGACAGAAACCCACGCGCGUCGGACGCGUACACCAACCCAAGUGA